AAUUCUCAAAAUAUGAGCCAUUUUUAGGCCCAUAUAUUCCCAAAGAAAAGCCCAAGCCCAGGCCCACCACAAGGAACACAGCACAGCAACAGGCAGCACUCCAACCACGGCCGAAAUGGCUCUCAGUGCCAGUUGCCAUGGCAGGGGGCGAGGUGGUGAUGAUGCGUCAAUCCUUCCAGGGAACUGUUUUUGUUACUUUGUGCCCUGUGAUGCCGUCUGAUCUUGAUUUUCUCUGGCACUCAUGUCACAUUGUCGUCUUCUACUGGUUGUAGAACGGAGAGAGAGAAGAAAAAACUUAGAUCAAAUCAUACUGUUUCUCUCCGAUCUUAGGGAGGAAUAGAGACCCGAGAAAGAGGAAGAAGAUCGCGGUGCUGAUGAUGGGUAUCACUGUGCAGUGCUUGGUGGAUUUAAUGGUUGCGGGCAUUUCUUUGAUGUUCGCUUUGGGAAUUUUUGCUCUCGUCGCCUCUGUUCUUUGCUCUGCCGCUUUCUUCCUCAACACCAAAGACUUCUCUUAGUCCCAAAUUAAUCAAGUUAAGUUAAUUUUGAUUGACGUAUAUAAUGCCUUCUUUUAUUGGGAUUUGUAGGAAGAGGUGUACAGGGAAAAACCUCAUGGGAAGAGGAGUACAGGGAGAAACCUCAUGGGAAAACGAGGUAAGCAUAAGGCUAAAAUUAUAUGAAAACGAGGUAAGCAUAAGGGUCGAAAUAAGAGAAACAGGAUGCAGCGAAGCACAUGUGUGCUUGAAUCCCCUUUUUCUUGUGGCUUCUUGUAUGCUCAUCUCUCCCCAAAUGGCGCUCCAUGUUUUAAGACACCUUUUUUCCAAUCCUUGAUCAAUUUUAGAGCACCUUUGAAUGACCUCCUUGCAUCUGAGGCCAAAAUUCCAACUGCAGGUCUCAUGUUUGCUUAUAAAUAGGACUCACUGAAGGAUCAGUAACAAAUAAAAAUAAAAAAUUGUACUAGUGAAGAAGAAAGUUCAGGCUUACCAGGAAUUUAAAUAUCUCUCAAGUUUACACUUUCACAUAAACUUAUCAAAAUGUAGUCUUUCACAAAAAGGGUACUUGUCUGGGUGCUGGGUUUUAAUUCACAUGAUAUAGGAUAGGAGCAGGAGCAUGUUUAGGAUUUGCAUCAAUGUUUAUUUUAACCGAACCAUGAGUUCUGUCUUUUUGUUUAUGAGAACGUUAAGUGUAUGAGAUGAUUGAUUGUAUGAUUUGAGGAUGUUAAUCCAUGAUAGAAUAAAUUGAAUUAUGAAA